UCUGCCGCGUGAAGACCGCGGAGACGCGCUGGAGGCGCUCUUUUGACCGGUGACACAUAGAUGGAAGUAAGUGACAAGUUUUCAGAUUUCUCUCUGCUGUGGAGUCUCUCAACAACCUGGAAGAGCGGAUCAUAAAAUCAACUGGAAAACCAUGCGCUGUUGUGAUGCAUGGAGCGAUGGCAUGCGUGCUCCUCUUCACUCGACUUCUCCCCUUCUCGCACAGGCUCACGAGACCAUCCAUUGUCUUAUUGUCUCUUUUCCUGUCAUAUCUGUGCUACUGUGCACUCUUCCCUGUCUACACCAUCAUGCACAAGUCAGGUGAUUUGACACCGAGCUGUCAGCGCAUCCUGGUUGAUGGAGCCAGACGGCGCCUCCAGAAAUCCCUCACCUCCUGCGCGCUGCUGCUGGACGCGCGGCUGAGCGACGCGCGGCUGAGCAGCGCCAAUGCGGCGAGCCUCAGGAGAAGCGACCAACGACCUUUUUCCACUCUGAACAGCGCCAGGAACGACACGCCCAGUCCCAUUAUCAGCGCGAGGUUUGGCAAUAAAAAGUUGCCCAAUGCUAUCAUAGUUGGUGUAAAGAAGGGAGGCACGAGAGCGGUGCUGGAGUUUAUAAGAGUGCAUCCGGACGUGCGCGCGGCUGGAACGGAGACGCACUUCUUUGACAGGAACUAUGACAGAGGCCUGGAGUGGUACAGACGUUUAAUGCCAAGGACUCUUGAAAGCCAAAUCACAAUGGAGAAGACACCAAGUUACUUUGUGACAAAAGAAACACCACGCCGGAUCUCCGCCAUGUCCCAGAACACCAAACUCAUCGUGGUGGUGCGAGACCCAGUCACUCGUGCAAUAUCAGACUACACUCAGACUUUAUCCAAAACCCCUGACUUGCCCAGUUUCCAGGAGCUGGCCUUCAGGAACCAGUGCCUGGGCAUCAUAGACACGUCAUGGAAUGCCAUUCGGAUCGGCCUUUACGCUCUACACCUGGAAAACUGGCUCCGCUACUUCCCUCUGGCUCAGAUCCACUUUGUGAGUGGAGAGCAUCUUAUCACAGACCCAGCGGGGGAGCUGGCUCGGGUGCAGGAUUUCCUCGGGUUGAAGCGCAUCGUCACUGACAAACACUUCUAUUUCAACCGCACAAAGGGUUUCCCUUGCCUUAAGAAGCCGGAGAGGAGCGCCUCGCCCCGCUGCCUGGGCAAGUCCAAGGGCAGGACUCAUGUUCAGAUAGACAGGGACGCCAUCGAGCAAUUGCGGGACUUCUACAGACCCCACAAUAUCAAGUUUUAUGAAAUGGUGGGUCAUGAUUUCAGGUGGGAGUAAAGAA